UAUCGAUCGGGCUGGAAGCUCCAACACAUCCCAGAUCCGAAGGAUCCUGACCCGUUGCGUUACGCCGUAAUCGCGUGUAUCGUCGAGGAACUCCACCGAGCAAUCAACUGGCGACUUAGUCUGGGCCUACGGAGGGGUGGUGAACACGUGUACCGUGAAACGGACGAGGAUCCGUGGCCCCCAUACGUUGCAGAAGAGUUGCGGGAGUGGGCGAGGAAGGUAGCUCCGAUUGACAAGGAUCUACUCAGACGGUCUGUGCCGCCAGAAAAGCUGGAUACGGAUGGAAACCUAGUGCUCGAGGAGAACGGCUUGAGUCCCACUUUUGCCCGGCGUAAUAUCAUCACCAACACGGGCUGGCUCUACACAAUCUAG